AAGAAUUAAAAAAAUAUUCACCAAAAUCUCUAUAAUACUAAUUCGUUAUCGACACUCAAAACACAAUUAUAGUAUCUCUAUAAUUUUGUAAUUUGAUGAUAAUUGGAGUUUAUGAUAAGAUUAAUUUGGAUGUUUCUGGAACAUAAUGGAACAUAGUGAAGCUGAAAGAGUUCUUCAGCGGCUUCGAGGAGAAUAUAGAAGUGAAACAGUACCCGACCCGGAUACGUUUCGCCCGCUUCGUGCCGUCAUGGAUGGGAACUCCAAAGGCAAAGGUACUCAAAAUCAGGGCUCCACCAAAUCACAUUUGUAUGAGAUUUGUGCAGUAAAUCAUUGGAAAGCACCUUUAUUUGAAUGUUGCAAUGAUGAAGGUCCAGAUCACCAUAAGUUGUUCACCUUCAAGGUAAUUGUGGAAAUAAGAGGUCUUCGUACAACAACUAUAGAGUGUAUGGGCAAUCCACAUUCAAAGAAGAAAGCUGCAGCAGAGAAUGCAGCUGAAGGAGCAUUGUGGUUUCUAAAUCAAGCUGGUUAUAGAUUUAAGCACUGAAUUAAUUUGUUUCUUAAUUUUACAAACAGAAACAGAAAGAAUUUAAUCUUAAUGCUAUGUGACUUAAAGUGUAUGAAGAGGGUUUUUCAACUAAGAUGUCAAUAAUAUAUGAGUUAACACUACUUGUUGACUUGUUGCGUUGUGAUCUCUUUCAUUAUCGUUCUUUUGAUUAGAUAAGAAACUUUCAUUAUGUUUUGGAGACUAGCUAGCGCGGAAU